UGGAGAGCGGUUGUCCGAGGUAGAGUGAAAUAUAUCUACUGCUGCAAAUAGCUGCACCGAUUCAGCUUUAAACAGUUUUUAUUCCAAAUUAAGAAGUCAAGGAUAAGGAGUCAACACUUUAUGUAAUGAACGUUAUUUAAGCUCACCACCGUUAUUUUCUCAUUUCAUUGCGAACUUCAUUUCUAGAUUGAACUCUGCCUUCCUCGAAUUGGCUCGGAGGCUGCCUUCUAAGAACAUUUAAACAUCUAAUUCUGGGGAAGCUUUUUUAAAUGUUUUAUAUCAUAGACUAAUGUUUACCUACUGGAAUUAUUUUUUGUUAUAUUUUACCUGCAUUUGCGUUGUUCAUCAGCAUAGAAUGCAUUUGUAACAACGGAUUUUUAACGCUUGUUGGGGCUGUGCUUACAAUGGUAAAAUAAUACGGAAAUAUCCUCUUGAAUUUACAUUUUUGGUCUGAACAAAUACAACUAUUUGUUAGACUAAUCAUAUGACUGAAAAUAAGCAUGGAGGGGUAUCCUUUGAAGAUACUGAUUUCUCUCUGGUGUCCGCUCAUGAUUGCUGCCUACAGUGUGGAGCUAGGAACCUACGACCUAGAACGAGGGAGACCAGCCAAAUGCGAACCCAUAGUAAUUCCCAUGUGCCAGGGCAUUGGCUACAACAUGACCAGAAUGCCCAAUUUUAUGGACCAUGAAAACCAAAAGGAGGCUGCCAUCAAGCUGAAUGAGUUUGCACCUCUAGUGGAUUACGGCUGUGAUGUGCACCUUCGUUUCUUCCUCUGCUCUCUCUACGCCCCAAUGUGCACUGAUAAAGUGUCUACCUCCAUCCCAGCCUGCAGGCCCAUGUGUGAGCAGGCCAGGCAGAAGUGCUCACCCAUUAUGGAGAAGUUCCACUACGCAUGGCCUGACUCGCUGGAUUGCUCCAGGCUCCCGACCAAGAAUGACCCCAACGCGCUGUGCAUGGAGGCUCCAGAGAACGACACCAAGACGGAUAUCAAGAAGGGAGAGGACAUGCCUUUUGUUCCCCCUCGGCCCAGGCAACCGGGUAGCAGUAACGGGCGCUCCAUGGGCAGUCUGGGGUCCUGCGAGAACCCAGAGAAGUUCCAUUACGUGGAGAAGAGCCAGUCGUGUGCUCCUCGCUGCUCCUCUGCAGUGGACGUGUUCUGGUCCAGACGGGACAAAGACUUUGCCUUCAUCUGGAUGACGGUGUGGUCAACACUCUGUUUUGUCUCCACGGCCUUCACCGUUCUCACCUUCCUCCUGGACCCCCACCGCUUCCAGUACCCCGAGCGGCCCAUCAUCUUCCUCUCCAUGUGCUACAACGUCUACUCUGUGGCCUUCAUCAUCCGCUCAGUGGCCGGGGCCGAGAACAUCGCCUGCGACCGGGAGAAUGGCGAGCUCUACAUCAUCCAGGAGGGGCUGGAGUCCACAGGCUGCACCAUCGUCUUCCUCAUCCUCUACUACUUCGGUAUGGCCUCGUCCAUCUGGUGGGUCAUCCUCACCCUCACCUGGUUCCUGGCCGCUGGUAAGAAGUGGGGCCACGAGGCCAUUGAGUCCCACAGCAACUACUUCCACAUGGCCGCCUGGGGCAUCCCAGCUCUGAAGACCAUCGUCAUCCUCACCAUGAGGAAGGUGGCAGGGGAUGAGCUGACGGGUCUGUGCUACGUGGGCAGCAUGGACUCUGGAGCGCUCACCGGCUUUGUGCUUAUCCCUCUGUCCUGCUACCUUGUCAUUGGCACGUCCUUCGUCCUCACCGGCUUUGUGGCGCUCUUCCACAUCCGCAAGGUGAUGAAAACCGAAGGCACCAACACGGAGAAGCUGGAGAAGCUGAUGGUGAAAAUCGGUAUCUACUCCAUCCUGUACACGGUGCCCGCCACCUGCGUCAUCAUCUGCUACUUCUACGAGAGGCUUAACAUGGACUACUGGAAGUUCAUAGGUCUGGAGGUCAAGUGCGUGUCGUUCCCCGGGCGCCGGAACGAGGACUGCUCCCUGGAGUCGUCGGUGCCCACCGUGGUGGUGUUCAUGCUGAAGAUCUUCAUGUCCCUGGUGGUGGGCAUCACCAGUGGUGUGUGGGUGUGGAGCUCCAAGACCCUGCAGACCUGGCAGGGCCUGUGCAGCAGGAAGCUGGCAUCAGACAGGACUAGCAGGAAGCCCUGUGGCAGCGUGAGCUGCAGCACGCACUGUCAUUACAAAACCCCUGCCGUGGUGCUCAACAUGGCCAAGACAGACCCUUACUCAGACAGCCCCACACAUGUCUGACGCUGACAGUCAGUAUAUUACCAGUAUGCAGUUCAUUCAAUGCUCUGUCUAAACACAGGAAGCUACUGGGGUGACAUUGUAAUAUAUAGAAUAAGAAUAAGAUUGAGAUUGAGAGGAAGUUAUAAUUCAACUGUCCAUUGUUGCUUUUCUGUGCAACUUUCCUUAUUUCAGUAUUGAUGGGAAAUGUUCAGUAUUGCUCUCAAUAAACACACAAGAUGUGUGGACUGUAUUGCAUAGAGAUGCUCGACUGCAAUGCAGAAAAGGCAUUGCAUGGACUUUUUAAAGGAGAGGCAUUGUUCUCCCCUGAACUGGGUAUAAAUAACUACAUAAAUAUGUUUAAAUGUUAAACAGUCUAUUUAUUGUAUAUAUAUUUAAUUGAAGUUUACUUUGGUUUCUCACACGCUUUGAUUGGAUUGAACAUGCAUCCAUGAGGCUAAAAGAGUAAAACUACUGAGCAUCAAGGAAAAUGCAGUGCCUCUUAUUGGGUUCUUAAAAAGAAUACAAUUGGGUAUACAUUUUCAAAACUGCCUUUUAAUUGUAUGUUUUUGGUCGUGGUUUAUUUACUAUUAUUAAAUUGAGUGUGAAUCCUAUACAUUUUUCAA